UGUUAUAUAUAAGAAUAUUUCAAUUCUGGAAGAAUUUAUACAUACAGAUCUAAGUCAAAAAGACGUCAUUGGUCGUGACGUUUUGGAAGUGGCAUGCGCCUGGAAUAAAAGUUAUCCACUUGUUAAAAACAAUAUUAUUAUGAAUGACAAAAGUUUCAAUACAGAUUGGUUAAUGAAUAACCAUAAGAAAGUCGUUAGAAAUCUAAUUUAUCGUGAUAUAGCACCAAAAUUUUAUAAAUUCAGCGCAUCGGGUCAUUCGUGUUUUAAAAAGUUGAUGAUUUUGUUACCAUUUUUGAUUCCAUUCUAUGACGGGAAUGAAUUCGAUCAAGAGUAUUUAGUAGCAGUUUUAUAUUAUGCAAUUAGAUUUGAUUGUCCAGUAAUUUAUGAGUGUAUUGAAAAUUCUAUUCCUUUAAAAACCACAUACAAUAAUAUUAGUCCAAGAAGCAUUCUAGCCUUAGCUCUUUUCAACAGGUCAACGCAAAUAUUAAAAAAAAUACUUUCCGAAGAACGAUUUAGUUCUGAAUGGGAUUGCGUAGAAGAUCUUUUAGUUUUGAAUUCGGAAAUUGACGAAAUAUUGAGUUUUGCGUUACAUUUUCCAGAAUUUAGAACAGAUGUGAAAAAUUCGAGAGGUCAGUCGUUGGGGCAUUAUGCGUGUGAAAAAAAUUUAACGAAAACCUUACGUUUACUAAUUUUUAGAAAAGCGAACAUGAAUGAUCGGGAUAGGAACGGAAAACGUCCUAUACAUCUUGCACGUGAAACGGGGCAUUCAAAUUGUUUAAAACACAUAGCACAAAUUGACGUUUUGGAUGAAGACGGUCGAUUGCCGCUUCAUUACGCUUGUGAGGAUGGAGAUUUAGGUGUAGUAGACAUACUGUUAAAGAAUGGUACGAAAGUUGACGUACCGGAUGGAAAUUGCCAGCUGCCGAUUCAUUAUGUAUUUCAAAAAUGGCAUACAGAUAUUAUAAAGGUACUAUUAAGCAAUGAUGUGCAAGUGAAUGUUCCGGAUAGAGAUGGCAGGUUGCCUAUACAUUAUGCUUGUGAACAUGGAGAUUUACACAUACUAGAAUUAUUGGUAACGAAUGGAGCGAAAGUGAAUGUUCCGGAUGGAGAUGGACAACUGCCGAUACAUUAUGCUUGUGAACAUAAAGAUUUAGCUAUGGUGAAAAUACUGUCAACGAAUGGUGCGGAAGUUGAUGUUGUGGAUAAAAAUGGUCAUCUACUGAUUCAUUAUGUGUUUCAAAAAUGGCACUCAGAUAUUAUAAAAGUACUAUUAAGCAAUGGUGUGCAAGUGAAUGAUCCGGAUGGAGAUGGUAGGUUGCCGACACAUUAUGCUUGUGAACAUGGAGAUUUACACAUACUAGAAUUAUUGGUAACGAAUGGAGCGAAAGUGAAUGUUCCGGAUGGAGAUGGACAACUGCCGAUACAUUAUGUUUGUAAACACGGUACAUUAAACCAGGUAGAAUUACUGGUAACGAACGGAGCGAAAUUUGAUGUUCCGGACGGAGGUGGUCAGCUACCGAUGCACUAUGCGUACAGAAAUAAUCUGUGGGGAUGUAAUAUAAUUUUAUUUUUGUGUAAAAAAGGUGCGAAAGUGGAUGUUCCGGAUGGAGAUGGACAACUGCCGAUACAUUAUGCUUGUAAACACGGAACAUUAAACCUGGUAGAAUUACUGGUAACGAACGGAGCGAAAUUUGAUGUUCCGGACAGAGGUGGUCAGCUACCGAUGCACUAUGCGUUCAGAAAUGAUUGGUGGGGAUGUGAUAUAAUUUUAUUUUUGAGUAAAAAAGGUGCGAAAGUGGAUGUUCCGGAUCGAGAUGGACAACUGCCGAUACAUUAUGCUUGUAAACACGGAACAUUAAACCUGGCAGAAUUACUGGUAACGAACGGAGCGAAAUUUGAUGUUCCGGACAGAGGUGGUCAGCUACCGAUGCACUAUGCGUGCAGAAAUGGUGGGUGGGGACGUGAUAUAAUUUUAUUUUUGUGUAAAAAAGGUGCGAAAGUGGAUGUUCCAGAUGGAUAUGGACAACUGCCGAUACAUUAUGCUUGUGAACACGGAACAUUAAACCUGGUAGAAUUACUGGUAACGAACGGAGCGAAAUUUGAUGUUCCGGACAGAGGUGGUCAGCUACCGAUGCACUAUGCGUGCAGAAAUGUUGUGUGGGGAAGUGAUAUAAUUUUAUUUUUGCUAAAAAAAGAUGCGAAAGUGAAUGUUGCGGACGGAGAUGGACAACUGCCGAUACAUUAUGCUUUUGAACACGGAACAUUAAACAUGGUAGAAUUGCUGGUAAUGAACGGAGCGAAAUUUGAUGUUCCGGACGGAGGUGGUCAGCAACCGAUGCACUAUGCGUGCAGAAAUGAGUGGUGGGGAUGUGAUAUAGUUUCAUUUUUGCUAGAAAAAGGUGCGAGAGUGGAUGUUCCGGAUGGAGAUGGACAACUGCCGAUACAUUAUGCUUGUGAACACAGAACAUUAAAACUGGUAGAAUUACUGGUAACGAACGGAGCGAAAUUUGAUGUUCCGGACAAAGGUGGUCAGCUACCGAUGCACUAUGCGUGCAGAAAUGAUCUGUGGGGAUGUGAUAUAAUUUUAUUUUUGUGUAAAAAAGGUGCGAAAGUGGAUGUUCCGGAUGGAGAUGGACAACUGCCGAUACAUUAUGCUUGUGAACACAGAACAUUAAAACUGAUAGAAUUACUGGUAACGAACGGAGCGAAAUUUGAUGUUCCGGACAAAGGUGGUCAGCUACCGAUGCACUAUGCGUACAGAAAUGAUCGGUGGGGAUGUGAUAUAAUUUUAUUUUUGUGUAAAAAAGGUGCGAAAGUGAAUGUUCCGAAUGGAGAUGGACAACUGCCGAUACAUUAUGUUUGUAAACACGGUACAUUAAACCAGGUAGAAUUACUGGUAACGAACGGAGCGAAAUUUGAUGUUCCGGACGGAGGUGGUCAGCUACCGAUGCACUAUGCGUACAGAAAUAAUCUGUGGGGAUGUGAUAUAAUUUUAUUUUUGUGUAAAAAAGGUGCGAAAGUGGAUGUUCCGGAUGGAGAUGGACUGCUGCCGAUACAUUAUGCUUGUGAACACAGAACAUUAAAACUGGUAGAAUUACUGGUAACGAACGGAGCGAAAUUUGAUGUUCCGGACAAAGGUGGUCAGCUACCGAUGCACUAUGCGUGCAGAAAUGAUCUGUGGGGAUGUGAUAUAAUUUUAUUUUUGUGUAAAAAAGGUGCGAAAGUGGAUGUUCCGGAUGGAGAUGGACAACUGCCGAUACAUUAUGCUUGUGAACACAGAACAUUAAAACUGGUAGAAUUACUGGUAACGAACGGAGCGAAAUUUGAUGUUCCGGACAAAGGUGGUCAGCUACCGAUGCACUAUGCGUACAGAAAUGAUCGAUGGGGAUGUGAUAUAAUUUUAUUUUUGUGUAAAAACGGUGCGAAAGUGAAUGUUCCGAAUGGAGAUGGACAACUGCCGAUACAUUAUGUUUGUAAACACGGUACAUUAAACCAGGUAGAAUUACUGGUAACGAACGGAGCGAAAUUUGAUGUUCCGGACGGAGGUGGUCAGCUACCGAUGCACUAUGCGUUCAGAAAUAAUCUGUGGGGAUGUGAUAUAAUUUUAUUUUUGUGUAAAAAAGGUGCGAAAGUGGAUGUUCCGGAUGGAGAUGGACAACUGCCGAUACAUUAUGCUUGUGAACACGGAACAUUAAACCUGGUAGAAUUACUGGUAACGAACGGAGCGAAAUUUGAUGUUCCGGACAGAGGUGGUCAGCUGCCGAUGCACUAUGCGUUCAGAAAUGAUCGGUGGGGAUGUGAUAUACUUUUAUUUUUGUGUAAAAAAGGUGCGAAAGUGGAUGUUCCGGAUGGAGAUGGACAACUGCCGAUACAUUAUGUUUGUAAACACGGUACAUUUAACCUGGUAGAAUUACUGGUAACGAACGGAGCGAAAUUUGAUGUUCCGGACGGAGGUGGUCAGCUACCGAUGCACUAUGCGUACAGAAAUGAUCGGUGGGGAUGUGAUAUAAUUUUAUUUUUGUGUAAAAAAGGUGCGAAAGUGAAUGUUCCGAAUGGAGAUGGACAACUGCCGAUACAUUAUGUUUGUAAACACGGUACAUUAAACCAGGUAGAAUUACUGGUAACGAACGGAGCGAAAUUUGAUGUUCCGGACGGAGGUGGUCAGCUACCGAUGCACUAUGCGUACAGAAAUAAUCUGUGGGGAUGUAAUAUAAUUUUAUUUUUGUGUAAAAAAGGUGCGAAAGUGGAUGUUCCGGAUGGAGAUGGACAACUGCCGAUACAUUAUGCUUGUGAACACAGAACAUUAAAACUGAUAGAAUUACUGGUAACGAACGGAGCGAAAUUUGAUGUUCCGGACAAAGGUGGUCAGCUACCGAUGCACUAUGCGUACAGAAAUGAUCGGUGGGGAUGUGAUAUAAUUUUAUUUUUGCUAAAAAAAGAUGCGAAAGUGAAUGUUGCGGACGGAGAUGGACAACUGCCGAUACAUUAUGCUUUUGAACACGGAACAUUAAACAUGGUAGAAUUGCUGGUAAUGAACGGAGCGAAAUUUGAUGUUCCGGACGGAGGUGGUCAGCAACCGAUGCACUAUGCGUGCAGAAAUGAGUGGUGGGGAUGUGAUAUAGUUUCAUUUUUGCUAGAAAAAGGUGCGAGAGUGGAUGUUCCGGAUGGAGAUGGACAACUGCCGAUACAUUAUGCUUGUGAACACAGAACAUUAAAACUGGUAGAAUUACUGGUAACGAACGGAGCGAAAUUUGAUGUUCCGGACAAAGGUGGUCAGCUACCGAUGCACUAUGCGUGCAGAAAUGAUCUGUGGGGAUGUGAUAUAAUUUUAUUUUUGUGUAAAAAAGGUGCGAAAGUGGAUGUUCCGGAUGGAGAUGGACAACUGCCGAUACAUUAUGCUUGUGAACACAGAACAUUAAAACUGGUAGAAUUACUGGUAACGAACGGAGCGAAAUUUGAUGUUCCGGACAAAGGUGGUCAGCUACCGAUGCACUAUGCGUACAGAAAUGAUCGAUGGGGAUGUGAUAUAAUUUUAUUUUUGUGUAAAAACGGUGCGAAAGUGAAUGUUCCGAAUGGAGAUGGACAACUGCCGAUACAUUAUGUUUGUAAACACGGUACAUUAAACCAGGUAGAAUUACUGGUAACGAACGGAGCGAAAUUUGAUGUUCCGGACGGAGGUGGUCAGCUACCGAUGCACUAUGCGUUCAGAAAUAAUCUGUGGGGAUGUGAUAUAAUUUUAUUUUUGUGUAAAAAAGGUGCGAAAGUGGAUGUUCCGGAUGGAGAUGGACAACUGCCGAUACAUUAUGCUUGUGAACACGGAACAUUAAACCUGGUAGAAUUACUGGUAACGAACGGAGCGAAAUUUGAUGUUCCGGACAGAGGUGGUCAGCUGCCGAUGCACUAUGCGUUCAGAAAUGAUCGGUGGGGAUGUGAUAUACUUUUAUUUUUGUGUAAAAAAGGUGCGAAAGUGGAUGUUCCGGAUGGAGAUGGACAACUGCCGAUACAUUAUGUUUGUAAACACGGUACAUUUAACCUGGUAGAAUUACUGGUAACGAACGGAGCGAAAUUUGAUGUUCCGGACGGAGGUGGUCAGCUACCGAUGCACUAUGCGUACAGAAAUGAUCGGUGGGGAUGUGAUAUAAUUUUAUUUUUGUGUAAAAAAGGUGCGAAAGUGAAUGUUCCGAAUGGAGAUGGACAACUGCCGAUACAUUAUGUUUGUAAACACGGUACAUUAAACCAGGUAGAAUUACUGGUAACGAACGGAGCGAAAUUUGAUGUUCCGGACGGAGGUGGUCAGCUACCGAUGCACUAUGCGUACAGAAAUAAUCUGUGGGGAUGUAAUAUAAUUUUAUUUUUGUGUAAAAAAGGUGCGAAAGUGGAUGUUCCGGAUGGAGAUGGACAACUGCCGAUACAUUAUGCUUGUAAACACGGAACAUUAAACCUGGCAGAAUUACUGGUAACGAACGGAGCGAAAUUUGAUGUUCCGGACAGAGGUGGUCAGCUACCGAUGCACUAUGCGUUCAGAAAUGAUUGGUGGGGAUGUGAUAUAAUUUUAUUUUUGAGUAAAAAAGGUGCGAAAGUGGAUGUUCCGGAUCGAGAUGGACAACUGCCGAUACAUUAUGCUUGUAAACACGGAACAUUAAACCUGGCAGAAUUACUGGUAACGAACGGAGCGAAAUUUGAUAUUCCGGACAGAGGUGGUCAGCUACCGAUGCACUAUGCGUGCAGAAAUAAAUGGUGGGGAUAUGAUAUAGUUUCAUUUUUGCUAGAAAAAGGUGCGAAAGUGGAUGUUCCGGAUGGAGAUGGACAACUGCCGAUACAUUAUGCUUGUAAACACGAAACAUUAAACCUGGCAGAAUUACUGGUAACGAACGGAGCGAAAUUUGAUGUUCCGGACAUAGGUGGUCAGCUACCGAUGCACUAUGCGUGCAGAAAUGGUGGGUGGGGACGUGAUAUAAUUUUAUUUUUGUGUAAAAAAGGUGCGAAAGUGGAUGUUCCAGAUGGAUAUGGACAACUGCCGAUACAUUAUGCUUGUGAACACGGAACAUUAAACCUGGUAGAAUUACUGGUAACGAACGGAGCGAAAUUUGAUGUUCCGGACAGAGGUGGUCAGCUACCGAUGCACUAUGCGUGCAGAAAUGUUGUGUGGGGAAGUGAUAUAAUUUUAUUUUUGCUAAAAAAAGAUGCGAAAGUGAAUGUUGCGGACGGAGAUGGACAACUGCCGAUACAUUAUGCUUGUAAACACGGAUAUUUAAGCAUGGUAGAAUUACUGGUAACGAACGGAGCGAAAUUUGAUGUUCCGGACAGAGGUGGUCAGCUACCGAUGCACUAUGCGUUCAGAAAUGAUCGGUGGGGAUGUGAUAUAAUUUUAUUUUUGCUAGAAAAAGGUGCGAAAGUGGAUGUUCCGGAUGGAGAUGGACAACUGCCGAUACAUUAUGCUUGUGAACACGGAACAUUAAACCUGAUAGAAUUACUGGUAACGAACGGAGCGAAGUUUGAUGUUCCGGACAGAGGUGGUCAGCUACCGACGCACUAUGCGUGCAGAAAUUACGACGAGGGAUAUGAUAUAAUUUUAUUUUUGCUAGAAAAAGGUGCAAAAGUGAAUGUUCCGGAUGGAGAUGGACGGCUGCCGAUACACCACGCCUGUGAACACGGAACUUUAAGAACAUUGAAAUUAUUAGUAUCGAAUGGUGCGAAAGUGAAUAUUCUGGAUCACAGUGGCAAACUGCCGAUCGACUACGCGCAGAAAAACUUUGACAAUAACGUGAGAAAUUUUUUGUUAAAAAAACAUUAAAUCUAAAAUCCUCGAAACAGUUGCCGAUAAAGGAGUUCUAAUAAAAUUUUUUGAUGGAUAUCGUGUAGUACUUUUGUUACGUAGGUAUAUGCAUAUGCGUGAUUCUAUUUCAUUUGGCAUGUCCAUCCAGCCAGUUACUACUACUUAGUAAUCGUUUUCAUUUAAAUACGACGCAACCUAACGAUGAAGUCCUUUCUCCUUACUAGUUUCACUUCCAUGCACACGCAAAUAAGCAAUAAAACUUUUUGGCCAUAACACACUAGUUACAAAAUUUUCUUCUUUUUAUGUCCGAUGAUCGAAACAGAUAGCUCCGAAAUAUUUUAGUUUCUGUGACAUUUUUAAUUAACAUGUAUUAGGACCAAAUUACUUAUAAAUAAAUCAAAAUCUAUUAAAGGCAACAAUGUUAUUAUAUGCGAAAAAUUUGCCAAACUGCCAUUUUCAUAGAUUUAAAAUGACGCGAUUCCUUUGAAAGGACAUUUUGGAGAUCAUAAAACACAGCUUAGAAAAUUAGUUUACUUGCUAAGGCAAUUUAAAAAUAUUAAAUUUUAAGCCAUUGAAUUUAUUGUUUUUAAGAUGUAUCACGGUUAUUAUAGUGCAUCGUAAUAAAGAACCUUAACCAAUCAAGUAAAAUGAACAUAUAGAUCAAGAUUAAAUUUGUCAUUAAUUUAUUAGGUGUGAAUAUGCAGAAAAUAUAUAUAGAUAUAGAAAUCAUUAACGUUCAAAUCCCAUUCAAAAAUUUAUAGAAGAAUGACCUGAUAUUUCCGUGUUUUGCGACAUAGUUAUGUAGGCUCUAAUUAUUUUUAGACCGUUAAAUAAUAAUAACAAAUUAAUAUUUUAAAUAUAAACGUACAAAAUUUGUCAAAGAUUGAAAUUUUCACCGUUUUCUGUAAGUUGAUAUAUAUACCGAUCGGUUUGAAGAAUUCUUAAAUUUUUAACUCUCUGGAAAUAGUCUGUGAUAUCUGUCAUAAAUGUUAUAUAUUUUAGUAUAAUUGGAGUCCAUCCAUGUUAACACGGCUAAGUUUAUUUAUUUAUGUAUUAUAUAUUUACAUUAAAAUUAUCGGGUGUCUGAUUGAACCCUGGUUAAUGAGCUGCUUCCCACUUUAUUGUUUUUUCCGUAUGUCGUAUAGUGUUUGUCAUUGUGUUGGAGACAGUUGUCAUUUCGCUGUCAGAGUUAAUUAAAAAAUUAUUAAUUCACAAAAGUCGGUGUGACAACGAAUGACAGCUGCUAACAUGACAGUCUUGACCAAGUUUUCAUUUAGAUACCCGAUAUUUUAUGGCAAAUAGUUAAGGUGUAGCGUAAAAUGUACUGUCACGCCCUGUGACCAUACAGAGUGUUUUGUAAUAAAACCAUGUAUUUGUUACAUUAAAAUAUACCAACUAAACUGUGAUAAUAAAUGCAAUUCAUAUUGAUGUGGGCCAUUAUUACACCAAUGACACGAUUCUUCAAGGAAUCCACAAAACAGCGACCAUUGGACGUGGUAAGUAGUGGACAUUUAUAUUUGGGAUAUUUAAAGUUAUACCUUUCUUAAUCAUAUAGUAUGUACCUCCCAAUUCUUCUUUUCCAAUGUAUUUUUAUUAAAUAACUAUUUUUGCUAAUAUUUAUCCUUUACAGGCAAAGAUGCUGUUUUAUAUGCGUUACGGAUGUAAUGAAGACAAAAGAACCGUAUUUGUACAAAUUCGUGUAAUUUAAUUUUUAGUUUAAAUUUAUUAUAACUUUAAGAAAACAAAUACUGCGUGCACACUUAGUAUCCAUGUUUUCGACAGUGAGCUUAAAAAAUUAGUAAGUAUUAAAUAAAUAAUCAGACGAGAAAGAGAAAGCUCCCGACAUAGCAACUAGUCUACAGUCAUUCAGAGUCGACUGCGUCGAUAAGAGCUUUAAACCUUUAAUGCAUUAUGGUUCGGUUCCAAAAUUGCUGUUAUAUUAGAAUUCGUAAACAUUUAUUAAGUAUCAUCUUCAAAAUAGUACAACAAACAACAAUAAUAUAUAAAUAUAAAUAUAAAUCAUUUCUUCUAGACUACACCUUAUAACAGUAACUUUUUCUAGAAUAAAUACAUUAAGAAAAAAUCCAACAUCAAAAUCUUCAAAAACGCCUAAAUGAGCAAAUCAACGAACACAGGGAAGUACAUCUAAAACACUUUGGCAACAUUUAUAUAGAGGUCGUGUUCUAUAUUCUUAAAUCUUAUACAUUGGUGCUUUUUGACACAGUUGGAAGAUAAUAUUGAGGUCAAUUCGUGUUACACACUAGUUUUUUUUUUUUUUGUUCUCAGGGUACAAAAAUGAAUACAAAUUGACUACGAAUAUUCCUGUCAUCAGUCUUGAGGUGAUAUUAAACCAAAUAAGUGAUAUUAUAUACCCUGCCUUUAUGAAUAGAAUACUUAUUGCCUUACUCAGUUUGUUUCAGACUUAUCUACUGUUACAUAUAAAGGUUUGUACAGUACAAUAGGCUCCCUAAUGUGGUGUUCAUUUCCAUCGUAGACUUGUCCAAGGAGGAAUUCUGGUCCGAUGUAUUGACCGCCUUCGACAUGGGAACACGCAUGUUCUGCAAAGGACCGUAAAUCAACAAUAAAUUAGCCAAAAACCUACCGAUUUCAGAUGAAUUUUCAUAAUUUUAAAAUGAAACUUCUUGAUUUUUUAACACGAAAACUAUUCAAAUAUAAUAUAACCAAACUCUACUGAUUCUAACAAUGUAACUUUUGCUAUACCAGCGUUUUUAAAUUUCUAGCAAAAAAAUCUUUCUUUGUGAUAUGAUAUAAUAAUUUUGAGAAAAAUCAUCAAGAUAAUGACUGGAAUUUUGGAAGAUAAAGACGAAAACAAAGUUUUGUACCCUCAGAAGUCCUGGACGAAAAUUUGGAAGCUAUCAAUUAAAUGGUGCCAGCAAAAUCCAAGCAUUCGUUUGAAAAAGAAUAUACGAAUUUUUGUGAAUGGAGGAAGCGAAAUCAUGCGAAAGGUGUAGACGAAAGAAUAAUUUUGGCUUAUAUUUCGGAAUGGUCUAAAAAUGCAAAAUCUACGUCAGGAUGGUAGUAUUAUUCCCAACUGAAGAAAAUAUUAUCUGUGAAUGAAAAUAUUGAUAUAAGCACGUUUGUGACAUCGCAAUGAUUAUUAUUUAUGAGGUUUUAAACUAUUCAUUGUUAUAGAUUUCAUCAAGUAUCGGCUUUCCUAAAACAACAGUCUGUAAGGCACAGACCAAAGAAAUCCAAGGUGUUCGCGCUAGAAGAAAUGGAAAUGUUCUUAGAUAAUCCUUCUAAUGGUGAAUAUUUAAUACAGAAAUUUUAGGCGUUCGAGUGCAACUCUACCAGCAGACUCUCUGGCAGCUUCAACAGUUGUAAAGUGACAGGUGACACGGUAGCUGGCGUUCGAAUAGUGUUGUGGAAGAAUACAUAAAGGAUUCUCUGAACAUGAAAUCGAAAUUUUGAGAAGAAUCAUCAAGCAAUCAUCAAACCUUAAUAAUAGAUCUGUCUUGAAUUGUAACUUUUAUAUUUCAGACUACAAAGACAUAUAGUAAUUCACUGUUAAUAUUUCUGUGAAAGAAAUAAAAAUCUGUUCUUGUU